AUGAGCGGCAGCAAGACAAGUCACCAGGAGAGGACGGCCCACGAGCCGAGAGGCGAGGGUCUACACACCGUCAUCUUGAGCCGGAUAGACCAGAUCAACGACACGAUCCGCAUCCUGCGGCUGAGCAUCCCGGACGGUGCCCCAGAGAUCAAACUAACACGCUUGCCCCUCACUCCCUCCGGGCAGUUCCUCCCUGGCCAAUGGCUAGACACGUUCUGCCCGGGCGUCCCCAAGGCCGGCGGCUUCACCAUCACGUCCCAGCCAUCUCUCGCCCGCCGCCCAUCAUCUUCAUCUUCAUCUUCGCCAGCGGCACCGGCAGCGACAGCGGCAGGCUACCUGGAGCUGGCCGUCCAGCGCUCCCCGGACAACCCGGCCGCCGCCUGGCUCUGGCGCGAAGACCAGUCCGCCAUCCUGGGCCGGGAGCUGCGCAUCCGCGUCGGCGGCAGCUUCGUCUACCCUCCCGUCCGCCGCCGCCACCACCACCACCUCCACCAAGGGGCGGCGGACGAGGAGCCGGUGCUGCUCCCCCACCGGCGCGCUGUCUUCGUGGCCGGCGGCGUCGGCGUGAACCCGCUGGUCAGCAUGGUAGCACACAUUGCCGAGCAGCAGCAGCAGCAGCGGCGGCGGCAGGGGAAAGCCAGCGGCGGCGGCAGGAGCCCCGACUCGGACGACGGAGGGGUGGUAGUAGAAGUACACCUCCUGUACUCGAUGAAGGACCCCGGCCCCGGCCGCCGCGACGCCAGCAAGAUGCUGUUCGUGGAGAGGCUAGUCGGCCUGUUCGGACGGAGGGAAGUGAGAGGCCGGAUGACGCUGUUCCUCACCGGGCACGACGGAGAGGACGCUGACGGUGGUGGUGAUCCAAAGCAAUCCGACAAGGCGGUUGCCGGCAUCGGACCUGACGUGCCCGUCCUCUCGAGGAGGAUCGAGCUGUCCGACAUUGUGGCGGCGAUGGGCGGGCCAGGCAGUACAGACUCGGCCGUCGUCUAUGUCUGCGGGCUACCUACGAUGACAGACUCACUUGUCGAGGAGUUGACCUCCGCUGACGGAUUGGGCAUGGAGAAGGAUAGGGUCCUCUACGAGAAGUGGUGGUGA